AUGGCUGUUUUGCUGCCUCAACCAAUUCAUACAGCCACUUCGUCGUCUUGGCCUUCACGAACCUCAUCACUAUCCAUGUCGCCACGGAUGGAGACAUGCCGUGCUUCAGUCACAGAGACUAACUCACCGGAAUGGCUUCCCCAGGCUCUGUCAGAGACUCUGCACGUUCUGCCUUACACUUCCACAGAGUGGGCGAAGGUGAUUUCGGAUGUCAAGAGAGAAUAUCUUAACCGCCGUUAUCGUCCCUGUGCAACCCGCUGCAGUGAAAUCCUGGACAAUCUCAAAGAUUUCAGCAUUGUUGAGCCAGCAUAUCUGAUAUAUCUUAACUUUUACGCAGCCAACUCACAAGAGAUGCUUGCUCGUGCACUUCAUCAAGCCGCCCCAGCGCGAACCACACUACUCAACCAGGCUCGGGACCAUUAUCAACGUGCCUCAACGCUCAUCAAUGCUGCAGACUCAACCGUUGGUCCAGCUUUACUGAGAAGACCGUCUGGCACUACUACAACAUUGCCAAGCCUCCACUCUGCCGAUAGCUCUGUGAGCUCCUAUGUAUCGUCAACAUGGACCUCGUCUCACAGUGUAUCUCCGGCAUCAUCGAUCUCAUCGAUACAAAGCGUGCCCACUUCUAAGCGUAAGAAGAAGCGAGUGACUUUCAGCGACGUGCCCGUGGAGCUUCUCGAACGUCCGGACUCACCAACGCUUGGCCUAGGCAGCUUUUUAGGACCUGCUCGUUCAACAUCCCCAGAAAGUUCUGGGGGAGGUUCAUCUCCUGUACCAGCACCUCUGCGGUCAUUGACUCAGGUGCCUCGGUCAAUCCUCACUCCACGUUCAGCACAAAAUGAGGCCUCCCCUUCUACAGACGCAGAGCUUGACCCCUUCCGCCAUGCUCGCUCUGUCCACCGCUACAGUGCCCUCUUAACGAGCCUGCAGCGCCAAGUCUUUCGACACCUCAACUUCAUCGAGGCAGAGCUCGGCCAACAGCACACUACCUCACCGUGUGAAGACAUACCUCCGUUGUCUGCCACCGUGACGACGGUCACUUCUGCGUCCACUACGCCGAACGCCGACAAGAUGCGUUCACCGGAGCUACAGGCACGGAUAGAGCGACUCCGUGCGAAAGGCUGGGAACGCAAGCGAUUCGACGCGCGUCGGUAUGCCGAACUUCGCGAGAGUGCUUCGGCAGAUAUGAACAACUAA